UCGGGGGGGGAGCCGUUCCGCAUUCGAAGGACAAAAAACUUUUUUCUUCCUCUGCGCAUGCAGCUGGCCUCCCUCGUGCCGCGCGCCCGGAACCUGUACGGCGCGACGGAGGGGACGGUGGCGCAGACGCUCGGCCCCGAGGGGGGCUCGACCCACGUGGGCUGGGCGAUCGACCCCGCCGCGGUGCGCCCGGAGCUGAGCACGGACCCGGAGCGCGAGGGUGAGGUCGUCAUGGUCGGGCCCCAGGUGGCCCGCGGCUACUGGCGCGGCGCCGCUUUCCACGGUUCGUUCCACACUGGGGACCGCGGCCGCUUCGAUGCCGACGGGGCCCUGCACGUGCUCGGGCGCAUGGACCACCAGGUCAAGGUGCGCGGUCACCGCGUCGAGCUGGGCGAAGUGGAGGCGGUACUGCGCGCCAUCGAAGGCGUGCGCGACGCAGUGGCGGUGUUGCAUGGCGUGUCGCUGGUGGCGCUGUGCGAGCCGCACGCAUCUGGCGACGGCGUUCUCGCAGCCGCGCCCGACGAUUGGUCGGACGAGGUCGCCCGGGCUCUGCCCGCGCCCUUCCGGCCCGCUCCGCUGCUCGUGGGCCCGCUGCCGCGCCUCCCUAACGGCAAGGCGAACCGUCAGCUCGUGGCCGCCCUGCUGGCGGAGGAGCUGGGCGCCCGCUGCGGCUCGGGGGGCACGCCGCGGGCGGGCACGGAGAGUCUCGUGGCCGGGCUGUGGGAGGAGGUGCUGCAGCUGGGCGGACGGGUCGGCCGCGACGACAACUGGUUCGCCCUGGGCGGCACCUCCCUGGGGGCCGUGCGCCUGCUGCGCCAGCUGCCGGGCGCGCUGGCGGCGGCCGGGCGGCGGGUGGACCGCAAGGUGGCCUGGUGCGGGCUGCACCGGCACCCUGGCCUGCGCGGCUACGCGGCCUUCCUGGACUGGGCGGCCGCGGCCCCGGAGGCGGCGCUGGCCGAUCCGGCGCUGCUCGACCUGCAGGGCCCUCUCGCGGCGGCGGCGGGCCGCGGAGACGCCGCGGCCUGCAGGGAGCUGCUGCUGCAGGGGGCGGGCGCCGACGGCCAGUGGCGGCCCGGCAGCCCUUGCGAGACGCCGCUGCACGCCGCCGCGCGGCACGGGCACGUCGAGGUCGUGGAGCUCUGCUGGCGGCGAGCGGGGCCAAGCUCACGGCGGGGACGGCGGCGCAGCUGCUACCGCUGCACCUGGCGAGCCAGCUGGGGCGCCUGGCGGUGGCGGAGAGGCUGCUGUCGCUCGGGUCCCCCGUGGACGCGCGGGACUGGAACCGAUGGUCGGCGAUCUUCUUCGCGAUCGCGGGCGGCGCAGGGGCGGUGGUGGACCUGCUCCUCCGCAGGGGCUGCGCCCUCAACGCCCGGGACCGCUGGGGGCGCACGACGCUCAGCUGGGCGUGCGAGAGGGGCGCCGAGGGCAUCGUGGGGCAGCUGCUGGCGGCCCGUGCGGCGUGCGGGGAGCGCCUGCAGGCCCGGGCGGCGGACAAGUGGGGCACCGACUGGCGCCCAGAGGUGCACCACGCGUGUGCGCACCCGGCGUGCCUGGCGCUGCUGCUUGGGUCCCGCGCGUCCCUCGCCAGCGACCUCCGCGGCCGCUCGCCGCUGCACGCUGCGGUCGCGGCCGGUCGCCCGGAGAGCGCGCAGCUGCUGCUGGCCGCGGGGUGCCAGCCCGACGCGGCCGCGGCGGCGCUCGCGCGCGAGGACGGCCGCUUCCCG